UUCUCCUCAGUGUGCAGCAGCAGCAGCAGGAUGACCAGCAGCAGCAUGAUGCGAUCUAUCUUUACAUUUCUGGCGCUGACAGCAGUCUGCAAUGGCAUCCUCCCUGAGAUAGCAGAGUCUGGAAUCAAUCACAUCGUGGAGGGACCAUCAGAGCUCGACCGCAUACUUGUACAGCAAGUGCAGGAGGAUCAGCAGCAGAAGCCAGACGACGCAUCUCCCCAGGUAAACAACAUUGACACCCCUCAAGCCAAUGACCUUCCGCAGAGUCAUCCCAAUGAGACUGAUAAGGCCACGAAUGAGGGAUCUGUGGACUCCUCUGCAGAACAGGGAAUAAUCAACGUAACUGCUACACCUGUACUAGACAAUGACUUGGAUAACAAUAUCAAUCAAGGAUGCAUCACGAGUGAGGACUGUGGGAAAGGAAGCUAUUGCCUGUCCAACACACAUAAGUCCAAGUGUCAGCCAUGUAAAGAUACUGAUAUGUCUUGUACUAAAGAUGAGGAGUGCUGCAGUGAGCAGAUGUGUGUGUGGGGUCAGUGCAGCCAAAACGCUACCAAAGGAGAAGCUGGCAGUACUUGUCAGUACCAGACUGACUGUAAGCCAGAUCUUUGCUGCGCUUUUCAUAAAGCCCUGCUAUUCCCUGUAUGUUCGGCCAAGCCGAUUGAACGUGAACGCUGCUUUGGCGUUUCCAACAACCUGAUGGAGCUGCUGUCCUGGAAGACGCUGGACGAUAAACCCAGGAAACACUGUCCAUGUGCAGGAGAUCUUCAGUGCCAGCAUCUGGGGCGAGGGUCCAUGUGUCUGAAAGCAGAGGACUCAAGUGAAGAGGAAUUAACAGACUCCCUGUAUUCAGAAAUCGACUACAUCCUUUAGACAAAAGCUUGAGUAGAUUGUCAUUUUGACAAGCAGAAUGAAAGUCCUUACAGACUCUACUGUUCCACUAAAGUUUUAGAUUAAAAGGUAGUAAUAGAGUAAUAAUAACUGAUAUCACUUUUAUACUUUACGUUUAAAUGAUAUGACACAAUUAUUAUACUGAAUGUUGCUUAAAUAAUUAAUAUCUUCUUUGGAUGAUAGGAAGGUUAGUAAUAGCUGAUAUCAGCUAUUUAGGUCUAGAGAGUCGGCAUUUAGAUCGAUAUGAACCUGAAAUAAGAUAUUCAGUCUCAUUCAGCUUGUGCUGCUUCCUGCUCUUAAGGGGAUAAAUGUCCCCAAUGUAUGCCAAGAAGACAUUGCUUUUCCUCUAUUCAAUAUUCAUUGUACUUUUUUCCAUAUGUGUCUCAGUCUAACGAUGGAAUGCUCUUUUUUUUUUUUUUUAGCUUAUGACUGGGUUUUUAUCCACAAAGCUGAAAAAAAUAAUUUGAACUCCCCGUAGUUUUAGCAAUAUACAUUUGAAACCUUCUUUUGUUUCACUGAUCGUGAUAAAAAGUUUCCAUUAGGUGCCAAAAAUGUAUUCACGAAAGUUUUAUUAGCAAGGGUCAUACUUUAUAUAUUGAAACAGACCAGAUAUUCUCAGUGAAGUUUAGAUCUAGGGAGGUUCCACAUUUUAAAGUUCAACCUCUUGCUUCAUUCCAGAAAAUACUGAAACCAUCCCUGAAUUUUAAUGGAAGAUGCUGAUGUAGACUUCGGUCCCUCUCUUUAUGAACAGCAGUGGUUUGUAAGGAAGCCUACUCUUUUGGGAGAAUUAGUAUUUUAUGCAAGGAUGCUUGAGUGCACAGCUGGUAGUACUCACCUCUUCUUCUCCAGAACGAUUUCCCCAAACAGGAGGAUUUUUCAGAGAAACUUCGUACCAAUUUCCUGCUGUCCAUUGCAUUUUUUUUUUUUUUUUUGCAGAUUUUUUGUCAAUUUUAAAGCCAUUGCCUUAAGCAAGCUCUGGCACUUGGCAUUCUAAAAUCCUCUCUGUCGCAAGGAAAUGGACACCAGUGAAGUUCUUUUAUUUCUGGGUUACUGCUCUUGUCAGCUGCACUAUUCUUAGCAACCAUUCUUUGCUCAUCAGGCUAUUUUGGUGCAAAAUUAUUGUUUCCACAUUUUCCUUGGAGAUAACUGUUCCUUACUGUAAACAACAGUGGUUAUAUUAACCAGUCUUCUAAUUCUACAGUGAUUUAAGCUUGACCCAUUAACAGCCUGAUAGACAGCUGAGUUUUAAGAAAAUAAUUGCAAAGAAGAAAACUUUAGGUCUAAUUGUUUAAAGAAAUGAAUACUAUUUUGAAUAAAAUAAAAACAAAAUGUUACCAGAAAACCCAAAGCAGCAGUAAUUGCAACAUAAAAUUUGUAUUAAAGCUAAAACCUUUGGCAAUAGAAAUGUUUUCUCCUCUGCAUAAAACAUUACAGCUGUUAAAAGAAAUAGCACAAAGGAAUGCAUGAUAUAACUAGAGACUGUUGACGUUCCUUUAUAAAUUAAAAUUGAAAAACUUAAAAAUAUAUAUAAAUGUCUAAGCUCACGUUUAAUAAACAAGUUAUUAAAGCUAAAGUUAUUUUCUAUUUGUAAUUUGUUUCUCAUCCAUUUUUCAAAAUGCCUAAAUUAGAUGCCUCCUUGGAAAAGGGUUUGUCUUCAUCUUUGCUGGUAAAAACCUCACUAUAACCUUUAAAGUAAGCCUAAAUUAUUUUAAAAUAACAUGACAAUCAUUUUAUUAACCUGUCCUCAGAAUAGACAUAACAUCUUAGAUUUGCUGGAUUCCUGAAGCUAAGGUUGGAUUUAUUGACAUAUAAUGGGUUCAUACCUCAGACUCAGAGCUCAUCACCAUAAAAAAAAGGCAAUAUUCUAGUUGAAAUAUGCAAAAAAGGAUUUCACCAAACAUAAUUUAUUUUAAACUAAAUAUUGCGCUUUUAUGAAGAGAAAUUUUUUUUUUAUAGCUGAUACUUUUACAAAACUAAUAUCGUUUGAGAGAUGCCCAAAUCAUUUCCUUUAAGAGACAAACAUUAAUAACAUCUGAAAGUAGUAAGAAUAACUUUUGGAUUAACUGGUCUAACAUAACAUCAAUAGCCUGAUAAUGCGGUGUGAUUAUUGUAACCAAUAAGGUAUUGGUUUAAAUGCAAAUAACUAUGCAAUUUUAAUUUAAAUAAAAUCCACUGGAAUAUCUUUGUAAUGGAUUUCAUAUGUAGGCAUUUCAAGCUCUGGCUUUUCAUAGAUUAUGUUCUACAUCUUGCUCUGUAACAUCUACAUUUAUACAUUUCAAUGCAAUUCCUUUUUUUCCUCCAAUGCUAAGUUAUUUUGUGGCUGCAUUACCUCAUGGUUUUCAUGCAUCAUUGUGUUAAAAUAGAAACUGAUCUAAAAUUUAUGUUGGAAGCAUCAUUCCAGUUAUUUAAUGCUUGUGAAUGCAGGAGUUUGUGGACCAUUAAUCCAAUCUGUUGUUCUGCUCACGGAAUAAAUGGUAAGACUAAAAUUUUUUGGAAACACUUGUUUAGAUGAUCAAAAUAAGAAAGUCAUUUUAUCAAAAAAAAAAAGCACUUUUAAUUUAUUUCUAAAAUCAUCUUUAGUUAUUUUCACAUAUGAUCUCAAAUUUCAAAGAAAUAAACAUCAAAGAAAGAAUUCUCCAACAUCGACACUUCUGCAGUGAAAAGCUGGUGGCAACCAGGAGUCCAGGGUAGCCUGAAUGCUGAGUUUCAGUUCAGGGGUGUUAACCCGGACAGGAGGCUAUUUGCCGUCAGUCUAUCAAGCUGCACCAAAUAGAAGCGUCGAAAGACCCAGAUAAACUUAGUGCACCCCUGACAAAAACCCAAAGAGUCCCCACCAGACAGGACAACGAUGACCCAUGCUGUGGAUGUUUAGCUAACAAAGUGCAAAAGACAACAAAAAAAAA